AUGGCUGCAAUUCUUCAAUGUAUCCAGCCGCUCUAUGAUGCCUGCUUCUGUCCGGGUAUCCCAUUUAAGUAUCGAUGGCGCCUACUCACUCUUGUUCCAAUCAACGUACUCGCUUAUUCUUUAAAAUGUCUGCCGUGGAUCUUCUCUCGUUCCUAUUCUGUGGUCCCCCUGCGUCGAAGUCCGAACCACUCCGGGCGUGCUCUCGUUUUCACACCCGAAUUCACCUCUAAUUCUUUACGGCCCCUCCAUAUCCAUGUCCAUGGGGGUGGAUUCAUAGGCGGCAUUCCGGAGAUGGACAAUGCCUUUUGUUUACGGAUGGUUCAGGAGACCGGUGCCGUUGUCAUAUCCGUGUCAUACAGACUGGCACCCCGAUAUCCGUUUCCAGCUGCCCACGAGAACGUCCAAGACGCGGCAGCUUAUAUUGUGGAGAACGCAGAACGACUCUGGGGAGCCAAUCCAAAGCUGUUAACGCUGAGUGGAUGUUCCUCUGGCGCAAACCUGGCUUUGGGCAUUUCUCAAAGUCUUUCAGAUACUGAGUAUCCAGUUCAAGGAGCACUUAUGUUUGAUAAUCCUGAUUCUGGAAGGACCAAUUCUUCAAUACGCUCUGUCAAUCCUCAGCACAUAAAUGUUGGUGCAUACUGUACAUGUGUCUGGUUAAGAAAUCUGACCCUUCAUCAUUUCUUGUCGUAUUUUGCCAGGUUGACCUCCGCAUCCCUCCAUGGGAAAAAACCGAAACCGCCGGGAUUCCCACCGUACGACCCCCUGUCCUUCCUGCUCCCUCUUUUUGAUGUAUACGCCGACUCGGCACAGUCUCGCAAACUCGAAGAUCCCCUAUUAAACCCCAUCAUAGCGGACAUACGCACUCUGCCGCGGAAAAUGCUCUUCAUCGUUGCUGGCGCAGAUAUUCUUCUUCACGAAGUGACGAAUUUUGUAGAGCAUCUGCAGAAAGAAGCUGAAUUACUGAACUCCAAGGAGAUUGACAUGGCUGAUUCCACUGGAAGGUAUGAGAUUCAAAGCAUGGUGUUUGAAGGACAGAUCCAUGGCUGGUUAGAUCUUAUGUCUUUUAUGAUUGAUGAAAACAUAAGAAUCCAGGCGCUCAAUGCUGCCUAUGACUUUAUUCGUCGCAUUCAUGCGGGGAGUGGAUGGCAGAAAGCAAGCUGA